GCGGCGAAGGAUGGCCAAACCCACUCUGCGAGGAAACGGCACUAACUCUGAAUGCUUACGACAGCGCUUCAGGAGAUUCCAUUACCAGGAGGUGGCUGGGCCCCGCGAGGCCUUCUGCCAACUUUGGGAACUUUGCUGUCGGUGGCUGAGGCCAGAGGUGCGCACCAAGGAGCAGAUUGUGGAACUGUUGGUGCUGGAGCAGUUCUUGACGGUGCUGCCUGGGGAAAUCCAGAACUGGGUACAAAAGCAAUGUCCAGAGAACGGAGAGGAGGCCGUGACGCUGGUGGAAGGCUUAGAGUCUGGGCGACCUGGGCAUUCGGUCACAGUCUCCUCGGAGAAGAGGACACCCCUGAAAUCAUCACAUCAGCCAUCAGUGGAAUUCCAGCCCAGGGGUGUAUCCAAGAGAGAGCAGGCAAGAGGCCCAGUCCCGGGACCACAGAAGCAGAUGAACCUGGAGACUCUCAGAGCUUGCCAAAGGAGUGGACCAGUUCCUAAACCUGAUGUGGUCUCCAGGCUGAAUCAGGGAGAGCCAUGGAUCCCAGAGCUCAGCUCCAAGGAGAAAGAUGUCCCAAAAGGCAACAGCACAGGAGACAAACAAGUCUAUACUGAUCCAUUCCUAUCCCAGAGAGAGAAAAGUAGCUGGGUGGAACAGGAUCACUGGGGUUUUGAUGAUGAGAAGGUGGUGGGUGUGCACUGGGGCUACAGAGAGACUAGAACACUUCUUGCAAUUCUCAGUCAGACUGAAUUUUAUGAAGCUCUCCGAAACUGUCAUAGGAACAGCCAAGUGUAUGGGGCUGUAGCUGAGAAGCUGCGUGAGUAUGGCUUCCUCCGAACCCUGGAACAGUGCCGGACCAAGUUCAAAGGUCUUCGGAAGAGAUACAGGAAGGUCAUGAGUGGUCAUCCAACUGAUACCUGCCCUUUCUUUGAAGAGAUGGAAGCUCUGAUGAGUGCCCAGGUCAUUGCACUGCCCAUUAAUGGCCUGGAAGAAGCCGCUUCCUAUUCUGGCCAGGCAGGCACAGAGACUGGGACUGAGGAGCCGGCACAGAGGGCCUGGAAGCCUGAGGAUGAAGAAGAGGCUGUGGCUGAAGGAUCUGACAGUGAUGACCUGGAGGCAGUCCCCCAGGACCGUGACAACCCACCUGCAUCUGUCCCCUUCCGAAGCCAGAGCGGUGUACACUGGGGCUAUGAAGAAACCAAGACUUACCUUGCAAUUCUUAGUGAGACUCAGUUCUACAAAGCCCUCCAGAACUGUCACCGCAACAGCCAGUUAUAUGACGCAGUUGCUGAGAGAUUAUGGGAAUAUGGCUUCUUUAGGACCCCAGAGCAAUGUCGGACCAAGUUUAAAAGCCUAAAAACCAGCUAUCAGAAAGUCAAGAAUGGCCAAGCACAAGAAACCUGUCCCUUCUUUGAAGAAAUGGAUGCUUUGGUGAGUGCCCGAGUUACUGCCCCGCCUAGUGAUGACCAGGAAAAAGAAACAGCUUCUUGCCACCUCCAGGGAACCAGUGAGGCUGAAGCUGAGAAGCAAGCUGAGGACACAGAGGAGGAAGAUUCAGAUGAUGAAGAUGAUACUGAAAUACCCCCAGGGGCUGUUACAACCCGUGCCCCAGUAUUAUUCCAGAGCCCCAGUGGUUUUGAGGCUGGAUUUGAUAAGGAACAGAAUCUUAAACGAGAUAUUUCCGAGGAAGUACAGCUGCAUAGGACAUUACUUGCAAGGUCUGAAAGGAAAAUUUCCUGUCACUUGAAUCAAGGUAAAGCUAUUAAGAAUGAGUAUUCAUCAGAAAGCCAGUGGGAAAAGACUCAGAGAGAGAAGAAAAGAAAAUUCCCAGAGAAGAGUAUCAGUACAGUCCCGACUUAUCAGAGACCAGGCUUGGGAGACAGAUCCUACAAAUAUCUCAGAUAUGGCAAAAGAUUUGACCCAAACUCCCAUCUCAUGUAUCGGGUCUCCCAUCAGGUAGAGAAUCCAUAUAAAUGUGCUGACUGUGGGAAAAGCUUCAGUCGAAGCGCACGCCUCAUCAGACAUCAGAGGAUCCACACUGGAGAGAAACCUUAUCAAUGCGUGGACUGUGGGAAAGGUUUCCGUGACAGUUCCAAUUUCAUCACCCACCGGAGAAUCCACACAGGAGAAAAGCCGUACCAGUGUGGGGAAUGUGGAAAACGCUUCAAUCAGAGCUCAAGCCUUAUAAUUCACCAGAGAACCCACACAGGAGAAAAGCCGUACCAAUGUGAAGAGUGUGGGAAAAGCUUCAAUAACAGUUCUCAUUUCAGUGCACACAGGAGGAUACACACGGGAGAGAGGCCCCACAUGUGUCCUGACUGCAGUAAGAGUUUUAGUAAGAGUUCUGACUUACGUGCACAUCGCAGGACCCACACAGGAGAGAAACCUUACGGGUGCCACCACUGUGGCAAGUGCUUCAGUAAGACCUCUGCCCUUAAUAAACACCGAGAGAUCCAUACCCGAGAACAGCUGCUGUCACAGUCCAUGUCUAAGUAAGCUCUCAAGGAAGGGCCUCAGCAAAUGUAUUGUUUGGAAGCCCUCUCCUGUUGGUGCCCAGCUGGCUUAGGAAGCACUCCUCAGGAUUUUUGCCAUUGUUUGUUCCUUAUGCUUCCCAAAUCUAGCCGAGUCAAGUGUCUGGUUUUAAGAAGGAAAGUAGGUUUGGUCUGAAAUGCUGACGGUACUAAUGUCUUCCCUCUCGGUGCCUGUGUUGUUCCCCCGAGAGGAUACGGCGGCAGAUCCUGUGGGUCUCAUGUAUAUCUUCCACUCACCCUGUGCACUGCAAACGGAAAACCCAUCUCAGCAGGUUUUCAAAGAAGUUGUGAGACUACUCAUUAGUUGGGCCACCUUGCUCACUUAAACCUGUGUAUACUCUUCAUUUAUCUUUAAGGAAAGUAUUUUUCUUUUUUCCCCAAGAAUCUGGGCUGGGGAUGUAGCUCAGUAGUAGAGCACUUAGUAUGCACAGGGACCUGGGUUCAAUCCUGAGUAACACAGAGACAGAGAGACGGUAAGUUAGGGGGAAAAUGUAAGCCUUCUAUAAACACUGAAUUUCUUAGUUUCUUCUAGAUUCUACAAAGGGUAAAAUAAUUAUAUAUCAUCUUCUUUGAUUUUUCCCUGUUCUCUCCUUUCCUCCUUACCUUCAUCUAAAUUUCAUCUUUCCCUUGUGGACUAAAAGCCAAAAGAGCAAACUAGAUCGAUAUAGUCACACAAAAAGCAGUUAAAGCUAUCAAUAGGAGUCAUCUAUUUUUCCUACAUUCCACAUACAUAUUUUAUACAUAUUAUAUAUAUUUAUAUUGAGCAGCCUAUGGGUACUCAGUACUAAUUGCAAGGAGCAGAACCGCUGCCAUAUUCCCAUGUACAGGUAAAAUAUACUUACCCUAAAUGACAGGGAAGGUGGUGGAGCUACCAAUCUGUACACACCCAGCUAUACAAAUGAAAGUAUCUACUUGAACACAAAAGUAAUUAUGGGUUCAAAAUUAGGUGGUAUUGAAUUCCACAUAUUCAUAGACUUAUGAUAGUCCCUAUACAAUACAAGUAAACAGUCCUUACCCUUGUCUUUAUACUGGAAAACAGAUAAUACAUGGACAGAAAACCUAAACAUAUAUUGGUAAUAUUUAUUAUUAUUAUUACUAUUUUUUUUUUUUUUUUUGGUUUUUCGAGACAGGGUUUCUCUGUGGUUUUGGAGCCUGUCCUGGAACUAGCUCUGUAGACCAGGCUGGUCUCGAACUCCCAGAGAUCCGCCUGUCUCUGCCUCCCUAGUGUUGGGAUUAAAGGCAUGUGCCACCACCGCCCGGCUAUUAUUUUUUAAAGACAGGUUUCACUAGGUAGCAUUGGCUGACCUGGAACUCACUGGCCUUGAACUCACAAAGAUCUCACUGCCUCAGUCUUCAAAGUCCUAGGAUUAAAGAUAUGCAUCAUCACGACAGGCUGCAACCGUUUUAAAGAAAUUUAGGAAGCUAAGUAGUGUUACUAUACUAGACGUAAGUUUUAAUAUAGCUUGCUUGCUCUGAGAAAAAUCUGGAAAGUAUUUUUUCAGGAAACAGUGAGCAUUCAAAGGAAGAAAAGUAACUAGGUAAGUUAUAGUGAGAUAGAUUUUUUUUUUUAAAAACUAGUUGUAAAAUUGGUGCUAGGUGGGUAAAAAGUGAGAAAACAUGGACGCACAGGACAUAAGGUAUAAAGUUGACUAAAGUAGCAGGAAAAACCUAAUGAAUGUAUGAUAUAGCUGUACAGUAGGCAGAGAAUCAACUCAGCGGAGAAGGAGUGGUAGGGGAGACCCUCAGAUGUACUGUGCUAAGCUUACUGACAAUGGGAUGGCAGCUUGACUCGGGGAAAAACGAGUUUUAGGAGACUAGCUCUUCUGAGAUAAAUACCAGAAAUUACCAUCUAUUGAAGAUAUUUGAUGAGCAGGUCAGAAAAGAUGGUCAAGACCUGGAAUAACUAACUUUCAUAUUUACACUCUUAUUAGAUACCCACGGCUAGAUUAAGAUCUGAGGUAGUAAUGAGAAAGGACUGUUCUAAAAUUUAUUAGGAUGAGUAAUUAAUUAGGGUUCUGGUAUUAAGGAAUUCUAAACAAAGAACUAACAUUAAUAAUUAAGGAGCUGGGUGGUGGUAGCACAUGCCUUUUAUCCCAGCACUCAGGAGGCAGAGACAGACGGAUCUCUGUAAGUUUGAGGCCAGCCUGGUCUACAAGAGCUAGUUCCAGGACAGGCACAAAGCUAUAAAAUCCUGUCUCGGAAAACCAAAAAAAAAAAAAAAAAAGGGGCUGGCAAGAUGGCUCAGAGGAUAAGAGCAUUUCCAGAGGUCCUGAGUUCAAUUCCCAGCAACCAUAUGGUGGCUCAUAACCAACUGUAAUGAGAUCUGGUGCCCUCCUCUGGCCCACAGAGAUACAUGCAGGCAGAAUAUUGUGUAUAUCAUAAAUAAAUAAAUAAAUAAAUAAAUAAAUAAAUAAA